UUUAGUUCACUACAGUCCAUGGAAAGAGUCGUGUAAUGACAGGCAAGGUAUUUGUUUUGCAGUCGACAAUUAAUAAUUUCAGUAGAGAAGUUUGAAAUGGUUUUUGUAAAUAGAAUAUAGGUUGCACAGCUGUGUAAAGAAAACAACAUUGCUAAAUGCGUCGGAAUAAGCGUCAAGACUAGAGCAAAAAUGGCCCUGAAGUUUUCCUAAUUCGAAGUUUUCCUAAUUCGGAUUUACCUGGAUCAGAAUUUACAGCAUCGGAUUGUGACGGAUCUACCACCAAACGCUGUCUUUCUUUAGACCCUACAGUACACAUUUGCUUUGGAAUACGUUUAUCUAAAUAUUUUUUCCAAGAGUGGAGAAUGCAGCCAGGUAAUUGUCGUAUGAACGGAGGUGGUGGACUCGACGGUAUCGGUGGUGGAGGCGGCAGCGGAUCCUCAUAUGGGACGAUCACGCUAGAGGACCUGGAAUCUUUUUCGGAAGACCAACUGUCAGAUUCGGGCAUUGGAAGUCUGGAAGAGGAGGGUGAGACGAUGGAGGACGAAGAGCAGCAAGACAGAUUGCUAAGCUACUGGCAGGACGCUGCUCGGGGACACCAGGUGGAAGUGCCUCGAGACAUGGCCGAGCCCAUCCAGCAGAUCACCAGCAACAACGACGGCCAACACGACCGGGAGCGCGUGCCCUUCACGCUCAUCACUCGUAAGGAGAAGUGUGGGGACGUGCUCUAUGAGAAGCGCCACUAUGAGAAGGCCCACUGGGCGUGCAUCACGGUUCACGAGGACACCUACGAGCAGAGCAUCUGCUACGGCUUCAUGAAGCUCAUGAGAUACAUCUGCCAGCAGAACUCCUCAGGUACCUAUCUGGGUAUGACCAUCCCUAUCCUGACGGUGAUCCGCACGGACGAGAACCACUCCGUCUUGUCCAGUGACGUCACUGUGGCCUACUACCUGCCCACAGAAUACCAAGCCCAGCCACCCCAGCCUUCUGACACAGAAAUAAGUAUUGAGGAAUGGCCUGCCACUAUUGUAUACACAAGGGCCUUCGCUGGCGCCACGAACGAGGUGACCAUCAUCAACGAGAUCCGCACCAUGGCGGAAGUGCUCGACUCCCCCGCCGUAUGCGUGAAUUGCUCAUUCAUCGUCGCCGGCUACACCAACCCCGCAGCGGCAAAUCGACAGAAUGAGAUUUGGUUCCUGGAGCGACCUUGAGGGCCAGCCUAACCUUGAAAUCUCCUCCUGAACUUGACCCACCCAACACCCCCGUCCUUAUCGGACCCUACCGAUUCACCCCUAAUGGAAACCCCUUCCUGUUUUAGAGGGAAGAGACUUAGGGAAUUUGCUGAAAAAGGUCCUUAUUACCAGUUCUGUGCAAGGCUGCAUCAUUUGGGUCCAUUAACCUUCUAGAGUCUAAACCUGGAAGAGGGGGGUUCUAUUAAGCUAACAUAUGGAAUUGUUUUCAGAUGGUCAUACGAAGGAUCAUUUAGAUAUUCGAUUUUAGGACCCAAAAAUAUAUUACAUUAUCUGAUGAAACAUUUAAUUUGGACUUACUGCUAUUAGCCCACAAACGCAUUGAAUAACAGAUUCAUACAAGGAAAAACAUCUAAAGGAAGUUUGUUUUGAAGUGUCUGUCCUAUAUCUGAGAGAUAAGAUCAGGAAACUAUUUAUAUUUCUUGACAUAUUUAACCCCUUUUUUAGACACUAAACUACUUCCAUACACACUGAGUGUACAAAACAUUAAGAACACCUUCCUAAUAUUGAGUUGCACCCCCCAUUUUGCCCUCAGAAAAGCCUCAAUUCGUCAGGACAUGGACUCCAAAGUGUUCCACAGCAAUGCUGGCCCAUGUUGACUCCAAUGCUUCCCACUGUUGUGCCAAGUUGGCUGGAUGUCCUUUGGGUGGUGGACCA